CGCUCAAACUCUGGAGCCCCGACCUCAGUCUUCGGCCGGCUUUCGUCCUGUAAGCACCUAGCACCCUCUUGUGCUGUCACGAUCCUAGUAGCGUGCGCGCGUCUCGAACCCUCUCGCUAAACCGAGAGUGGUGUACAGUUGACACGGUUGUUAGUGGUGUACGGUUGUAUAUAAGUGAGUGCAUUUGGGAUGUUAAUCAGCUACAAAUAACAAGUGAGACGUAACAAAUAAAUCAAAAAUAUUUCCCAUUCAAUACAAAGUACCCUAUUCUUAUCAAGCUACUGGAACAGGUACAUUGAACAAGUGACAAGUAACUCAAAAACAUUCGCUAAUUAGUAAUUGUAAUAAUUUACCAUCAAUAAGUGAGAAGUAAAUGUAAAACAUUUCUUUCAAAGUACGUAUUUGUAAGAAGCAACUAGAAACAAGAACAAAUUAUCAGUGACUUGAUAGUCUACUCCAGGUAGCAGUGACUAACUAACUAAAGUAGCAAGAUUUGCCAGGAUGUAGACCAACUCACAGCUAACUUAAAAGAAGCUGUCAACCGGUGAUCUGUGACCUGUCAGUGUGAAGAACAGCAUCACUGCCAUGUCGCGGUCACACUAGUUGGUGUCGCGAUACGUUUGUGCUGUUACGCCGCUGUUACGACAGACAGGUGCAUAGAGAUGUCGGCGUGCCGUCUGCUAGUUACGGCGGUGUUACUGCUCCUGUUACGACCCGUCGCUCCAACUUCAACGGCUGGCAUUGGAUCAAUGUCGGCAACCUCAAUCGUAUCUGCUACCUGGAUGGACAUGGUAGGCCAGCCGGAAGAGGAGAGCGUAAGCUGCGACAAACUGACCGGCCUGUCGCCGGGUCAGACGAAACUGUGCAGUUUGUACGCGGACCACAUGCCGGGUGUGCUCCGUGGCGCACGCGACAGCACGCAGGAGUGCCAGUGGCAGUUCCGUCAUUUGCGCUGGAACUGCAGUACGGCGCACCACGAGAACACCCUCUUCGGACCCAGUCUCAAGUUGGCGAGCCGCGAAUCGGCGUUCACACACGCGGUGCUGGCGGCAGGCGUGUCGCACGCGAUAUCGCGCUCCUGUCGCGAGGGCCAGCUGUCCAGCUGCAGCUGCUCGCGGGCGCAGCGGCCGCGCGACUUGCAUCGCGACUGGAUAUGGGGAGGCUGUGGCGACAACCUCGAGUACGGAUACAAAUUCACGCAAGGAUUCGUAGACGUUAGAGAACGCGAGAGGAGAACAAAGAGAGGAUCGAGAGCCCACGCGAGAACGUUAAUGAAUCUGCAUAACAACGAGGCUGGCAGAAGAGCGGUUGUGAAGAAGUCGAGAGUUACUUGCAAAUGCCAUGGAGUGUCAGGGUCGUGCAGUCUGGUCACUUGUUGGACGCAGCUUCCUCCAUUCAGAGAAAUUGGUGAUUACAUAAAAGACAAAUACGAUGGAGCGACGGAAGUGCGAGCCAACCGUCGCGGCAAACUGCAGAUUCGCGAUCCCCGCUUCAACCUGCCAACUCCCAACGACCUCGUCUACUUGGAUGACUCGCCCAACUACUGUGUCAGGAAUACCUCCCUCGGCUCCAUGGGUACCCACGGAAGAAUCUGCAACCGGACUUCACACGGUAUGGAUGGCUGCAAGCUAAUGUGUUGUGGCAGGGGGUACAACACCCAGAAAGUCACAAUCAAAGAAAGGUGCGACUGCAAGUUCCAUUGGUGCUGCUACGUGGAGUGCAGAAUGUGCUCCAAAACAAUGGAUGUACACACUUGCAAGUGAAUCUCCACUUCUCCCUUAUAGUUUACCAUGCUGCCAACAUAAACCUAAUCCAUCAUUAUUAGUAGUAUUUAACAAGACUGUAACAUCAAUCGAAUAACUCUUACAAUUUUCUAUCUUGAAUGUACUUAGUCAAUUCUCAAGUUUCCUUGUUGUUUUCAUUGUUCGAUAUUGUAAUUUGUGUAAAUUAUUGUACAUUAUUCGAUGUGAAUCUCUGUUGUUUUGGUUUCAGUAGAUUAAUUAUUUGAAGCAUGUAGAGUUCUGUGUAAAUAUUAUGUCACUAUACUGAAUCCAGCCUAUGAGUGUGAAAUAUUCGAAAACUACUUAUUAUUUAUUAAGUUAUGUCCAUAAUGUGAAACGAUUCGACUGAAUAAAUUGUAAUUAGGAAA